CUAUCCCUGGUACCGGAGGAGAUGAAGUCUUCAGACUCCGGAUUUGAUAGUUAUCUGCAGGAUGCUCUGGUCCAGCACCAAAGCUGCUGUAAGCUGGCAUCACAUUGGAGCUGGCCAGCAGCCCUGCAGCCUUUCAGCACCGACACCUCUGGAGAGGAAUUCUUUGAGGGUCACUUCCUGCAGGUCGUGUUUGAUCGUCUUGGGGGAAUCCUCGAUCAGCCAUAUGAAAUGAAUCUACAAGUCACUUCCUUACUCACUCGCAUUGCCCUGUUUCCUCACCCUCACAUCCAGGAGUAUCUUCUGGAUCCUUAUAUUAAUCUGGCCCCGGGGGCCCGAUCUCUGUUUUCUGUGCUCGUACGGGUGGUGGCAGAUCUGGCUCAGCGCUCCCUGCGAGUGACGAAUUUCCAGGAGACGUUGCACCUUGUGAGACAACAGCUGCUAGGAGAAACCCCUGAGGCACCACUGGGCCAUGAGACUCUGUGUCGCGGAGUGGUAGUCCUGGAGGAGUUCUGCAAGGAGCUGGCGGCAGCGGCUUGUGUCACCCGUCACCCACUCGGUGUUUAACCAGUGACUUGGACAUGGCCAUGGAUUCCAGUGCAAUAAGUAACACUGUCCUUGUUAUAGGGACAUCAAGGACUAAAUAAGUGGUUUUAUACCUUCAUGUGCCUUCUC